AUGUUCCGGGCACAACAAAAUGCAUUCGACGACGCUGUUGCCAAGGCAACCGACGAGAACCUGACCUCCGAGAACUGGGAGUACAUCCUUGAUGUCUGCGACAAAGUCUCGUCCAGCGAGAGCGGGAGUAAAGAUGUCGUGGCCGCCAUGAUCAAGCGGCUGGCACAUCGCAACGCCAACGUCCAGCUCUACACUCUGGAGCUAGCGAAUGCGUUGUCGCAGAAUUGUGGAAUCCAGAUGCACAGGGAGCUGGCAAGUCGGAGUUUUACAGAGGCUUUGUUGCGGCUGGCAAACGAUCGAAAUACGCAUCAACAAGUCAAAUCCAAGAUAGUGGAGAGGAUGGAGGCCUGGACCAAAGACUUCUCGAGUAAUACCGAGUUGGGCAUAAUGGAGCAGGCAUACAUGAGAUUGAAAGCGCAGAAUCCCAACCUCCAACCCCCUCAAGCCCCCGUUAAGAGUGCGAUCACGGAUUGGGAUAGACGAAGGGAAGAGGAAGAACUACAGAUGGCUCUCAAACUUUCGAUCCAAGACAAAUCUGUCGCAGGUCCCUCUGCUCAACCCUCUGGCAGUCCGGCGGAGCUAGCAGCCCAGCCGCCGGGUAGUGUUUCGCAACAGGCAGAGCAUCAACCCGUGCCCUCAGGGACAACUGCCGCAACCGUUUCACGAGUACGGGCUCUCUUUGACUUUCAGCCUUCUGAACCGGGCGAGCUUCAGUUCCGCAAGGGCGACGUAAUAGCCGUUCUUGAAUCCGUAUACAAAGACUGGUGGAAGGGGUCUUUGCGCGGCCAAACGGGCAUCUUUCCCCUCAACUAUGUCGAAAAACUACAAGACCCCACUCCCGAGGAGUUGCAGAAAGAAGCACAAAUGGAAGCAGAGGUUUUUGGCCAGAUCAAGAAUGUCGAGAAACUGCUUGCCCUGUUAAGCACGAGUACGGGAGACACGAACGUGCGCGACAACGAAGAGAUCACCGAGUUGUACCACAGCACGUUGGCAAUACGACCAAAGUUAAUUGAACUGAUAGGGAAAUAUACGCAAAAGAAAGACGAUUUCCAGCAACUCAACGAGAAAUUUAUCAAAGCCCGCCGCGAUUAUGAAGCACUUUUGGAGUCAUCCAUGGCACAAUCCGCUGCACAAUACGCUCGUCCUGGUCCUGCAACAUACGGAUAUGGGCCUGCAGGGGGCGGACCACCAGUCCAGCAGGGAUAUCCGCCUCAGAGAUUCUACACGCCUGGGGUAUUUCCAGACGGCCAACCUCCCAACAAUGCCAUGCCCUACGCUUCAAACCAGCAAGCGCAACAGCCAGCCUUUCAGCCUCCAUAUCCGGUAGCCUCGCCGCCACCCCCAAGCCAGACGCCAUCAAAUCAACCUCAACCUCCCCCUUCUCAACUACCCGAUAGUUACGCCGCUUACCCGAAUCCCGCACAAGGACCACUCCGCCGUCAAUCACACCCUCCGCCCUCGGAGCCUUAUGCGGCGUUUCCUCCGGCCGCUGACGGUUCUGCUCCACCAGGACGCCAAUCGUACCCAUCCAUUCAGCCGCCGAAUGUAGCACAGUUGCAGUAUGGAGAGGACGGGAAAGAUUACUCGCCUUCCAACUACUCGACCGAGGAUCUCAGCCACCAACAUCUACCAGCAACAUCACAGCCUCCCUCGGGGCCUCCACAGCCAUAUCCGCCACAACAAGGGAUCCCUAUGGGGCAACAGCCACCUUCGCAGCCUCCACCCACGCUGUAUCCAUCGUCUCAACCACCAGCGUCAUAUGAUUAUCCGGUGCCAACCAUCAGCUCCCCGCCUCCAGCACCCAGUCAUGGCCCACCCGCGGUCCCCAGCGAUCCUGCGCAAAGGCCGAUCACGCCACUAGCACAGAACUCGGCUUAUCCAGUGUUUUCACCGACGCAGACACAGGCGAAUCCGCAGUAUCAAGCUUAUAGUCAGAGGCCAACGAGCUAUUACAGGUAA